UGGGAGACGGCUGGCCGGCCGGUGUUUGGGGACUCCAGAGUGAAGCAGGCAGACCCUGAAGGGAGCCUGCUUGCCUUGGUGCCGGCCGAUGUUUCUGGGCUCUGGCUGUGUGGACGGACAUGGCCCCAAGCCAAUUGGAUUUAGUCCAGGCGGGAACUUUUUUCCAAGGCUCCGUGUUCCCUUCGGGCACCCUCAGCAGCUUCUUCCUUGUUGGAGAUCGGAGCUGGAUGGAGUCAAUGCCACCAGUGCCGCCCCCAGUGCCCCGCCCCUCAGGAUGUCCCAGCUCUCCUCCACCUUGAAACGCUAUGUCGAUUCCCCCCGCUACUCCGACGCACCGUACAGCAAGGCCUCGACCAGCUAUGGCAGCUACCCCUCGUACUCCUCCAACCUGUCCUCCUCGUACCCGGACAAGGAGAAAGCCAGCUACAAGCCCAGCACGCCCUCCAGUUACCUGGCCUCCAGUCACCUGCGGACGUCCGGGGCCACCACCUCUUCCUCUUCCCUGAACUAUGACGGGGGCGGGCGGCUGCUCCAGCGCCCCGACUCCGGCACCAGGCUGAGCCCCAGUUAUGGCCGGGUCCCACUGAGGCCCCCUGGCAGUGGGGGGCUGAGCGGCGGUGCCAGCUAUUCCUUCGGGAGCUCGGCCUCCACCAGCUACGGCAGCUCCUUGGGCCGCAAGAAAUCCAGCAGCCAUUCGGACUUGGCGCAUGACCUGUCUGCCAUGCACCUCUCCUCGGACCCGUAUCGCUCCGACUCCUCCACCCGCAGCCAUUUCAUCGCCCGCACCCGGCAAGAGCUGAGCGCCCUGCAGGGCAUCUACCAGGCAUCCCGGCAAUCGGAUUACAUCAAGGACUACCUGGAGACCCACAAGGGCGGGCGCUCCCCAGCCUCCAGCCUCUAUAGCACUCCCCCAGAGGUCAUCACCCCCACUCUGCGCCCCACCAGCCGUUCUUCUGUUCAGCGGUGGGAGCGGACGGACAGCCGCACAGACGUCGUAGCCAAGGAAGCCUCGAAUUCCAAGACGGUUCAGGGUCUAACUGGUCUCCGGAACCUCGGCAACACCUGUUUCAUGAACUCCAUCCUGCAGUGUUUGAGCAACACCAAAGAGCUUCGAGAUUACUGCCUGCAGAGCCAAUAUGUCCGGGAUCUCAAUGAUAACAGCCGUAUGCAGAUGAACCUCAUGGCAGAGUUCGCCAAGCUCAUCCAGUUGCUGUGGACAUCAUCUCCUAAUGAAUCCGUGAGCCCUUCGGAUUUUAAGACCCAGAUCCAGAGAUACGCACCACGCUUUGUUGGCUAUAACCAGCAGGAUGCGCAGGAGUUUCUGAGGUUCCUCCUCGACGGGCUGCACAGCGAGGUGAACCGGGUGCUGGUCCGGCCCAAGCCCGGCAGUGACAACCUGGACCAUCUCCCCGAUGACGAAAAAGGCAGGCAGAUGUGGAUGAAAUACCUAGACAGAGAAGACAGCCGGAUUGGAGACCUCUUUGUCGGACAGCUGAAGAGUUCCCUGACGUGCAGCGUGUGCGGAUUCUGCUCUACGGCCUUCGAUCCCUUCUGGGACCUCUCGCUGCCCAUUCCCAAGAAGGGCUACGGGGAGGUGAACUUGAUUGACUGUAUGCGGCUGUUUACUAAGGAAGACAUUCUGGAUGGAGAUGAGAAACCCAUCUGCUCCCGCUGCAAGGCCAGGACGAAAUGCACGAAGAAGUUCAGCAUCCAGAGGUUCCCCAAAAUCCUCGUGUUACACCUGAAGCGUUUCUCUGAAGCCAGGAUGCGAUCUAGCAAGCUCACUACGUUUGUUAAUUUCCCACUCAAGGACCUAGACCUGAGGGAAAUCGCUUCCCAAAGCUGCAAUCACGCGAUUUACAACCUGUACGCCGUCUCCAACCACAGCGGGACAACCAUGGGGGGUCACUACACAGCCUACUGCAAGAACCCCGUGUCUGGAGAGUGGCACGCCUUCAACGACUCCCGAGUCACCCCGCUCUCCUCCAGCCACGUCCGGAGCAGUGACGCCUACCUGCUUUUCUACGAGUUGGCCAGCCCGUCUUCGCGCAUGUAGCUCCCCCGGACCCUCCCCUGUGCCUCCCCUGCUCCUCGAGGAGGGAAGCGAGCCCCGCACCAGCUCACGGAGGCGCAGUGGGAGGAGAGAGCCCGGAGGACCUUGGUGACUCUUAAGGGAUUUUUCUAGCUGGAUUUUUCUUUUUUUCUUAAAAAACAAAAACCAAAAAAAAAAAAAAAAAGAGGGAGAAAGAAAGUCCUAAUAAAGCGUUGACUAAAGAUGCCGACUUUUACGGGGAGGCCUUUCUCCUGCUUCGGGGCCGAGGCCGAAGAGUUGUGCAAGCCAGCAGACUCCGGGGACAGAACACCGACACUGGAGGGCAGGGGGCACCACAGAGCUCCGAGUGCUGUUGAGGGUGGUUUUUAAGGGCUUUUUCUUUCCCGCCCCCUCUCUCUCUCUCUCUCUCUCUUUCUUUCUUUCUUUCUUUCUUUCUUUCUUUCUCUUUCUUUCUCUCUUCCACCCACCCCAACCCCACUCUUUUGGUGUGUAAUAAACCGUAAACAGCAGCUCUUGAGGGGCAGGAACCUGUCCAUCCCGUUUUAUCCAUUCAGCCCUUCUCUUCCCAAGACAGCCCUGAUGCGGGGCUGGGGAGAAGGAAUUUGAGCAGUGGACCUGGGAGCAAAACCACCAUUUUCUGGACUUCGGACACAUGUUUCUCGUUUUCUCGUCACCCUGCCCGUCAGCUCCACCUGGAGGCGGCCACCGAGCAUUGCAGCCAGGAAAGCAGUGAAAUUACCCGACUGAUACAGAACGGAAUCUGUUUGCGCCGACUUCACAUUUCAGUGCAAAGAGCGAUGUUUGGCGGGGCGGCCAUAUCUCCAAGGUGGUAGAUGAGCUGCCUCAGUUUUCCACGAACCACCUCAGAGCUACCUAUCUGCUCCGUGCGGCCACACAUGCAUGCCACGUAGACUCUUCGCAGAGGCCCGUUUUGUAACUCUGGUGCAAAACCCACACAGGUGUGCGAGCUGGUGUGUCCUGCUGUGGCCGAGGACCUAGAGCAACGGUUCUCGUAUUCCCUCGUGUUUUGAGGGUGGCUUGUUGGCUUAGUUUUGUUUUUAACUUUAUUUUUAACUAAACUGUGUUUUCCUAAUAAAACCUGAAGCACCUUCCAGCUGGAUUUUGUGGACUCCAGCCGAGCGAGAUGUGCUUUGGGGCGAAUUUUUACCUGUCUCCUUCCACAGCAAUGCCUUAACCCUCUGUGGGGGACGUGAAGUGUUUGAUGUGUGAACAGAAAUGCCCUUCGACGGCGUGCCGUGUGCAGCUUGAACAGACACUUCCCCCUCGUCCUUCCUCCGUGGUUCCCCUAAACACCCACCACACCCACACCCACUUCCCUCGAUUCAGAAAUGCUCCUGGAAGUUUCCUCCGGGCUGAACUCGGGGGGUCGUGUCACGGGGUUUCCAGGAAGGCGCUUACUUAAGUUUGGUUUUGCUUUGGGGUCUCUGAGGCAACAGGCCUCACGAAGGCAGUGACUGCUCCCGCCAACAGCACGUCCCUCGCCGAGUUAAAGAACUGAGUCAGUUUUGGAGCUGCAGCCUUCAAUCAGCUGAUGAAUGUCAAUAGCUUUUUUUUAGCCUUUUAUUUAUUGUCUUCUCUCAUAUACACACAUGCCACACAUGCGUGAACCUUUCCAUCAGAAUAUAUCCUGCUUCAGCUUCACAACAGGCAAAAAUUCAACAGGUGUGGCCUUUCCCUCACCACUGCAUUGGCAGAGCACCUACACCUGUUGAUCCCCCCCCCCAUCACGAAGCUAUUAAAGACACCAGCUCUGGGGCGGAGGGGAGGAAGCAACCUAACCCCCCCCAGUCUUGAAUCAGGCAAAGUAUUCGAUGCCUACCUGAGCAUACCAAAUGGCGUUCUCUGCCAUUUUCAGUGCCCUGCCCCGGGCCCCUAGGAAAUCCUUUCCUUCUUUUUGCCUGUGAAACCUUUCUUCAGGGUGAUCCCCGUGGCAUUCAAAGGGAAGCUCUUCUUGUUUUGGCCCCACUCUCCACGGAUUUCACUCCAUUUUCAACAUGUCUGACACGAAGAGGGACCCCAAGGGAGGGCAGGAUGGGCAACGCAAGAUGUUGAAGGUUUGUGAGAGAAGGCCUGUUGUUUUUUUCCGUUUGAAUUAAGGGCUUGUUUACUGUGUAAGCAAGGAUAGGGGAAGGGACUCCUGUCACUCGGAAGGGAGAUUUGUUCAGAAAUAAACCUGUAGCUUGACAAAA